GAGAAAAUCGUCAUUUACUCUCCUCGCCUCACCUUGUAUGCCGACGGGAUGCAGAUUUUCGUCAGAACCCUUUCAGGCAAGAAGAUCACGAUCGAGGUGAAUAGUUCCAAUUCUAUCAGUGAUGUGAAGGAGGAGAUUCAGGAUAAGGAGGGAAUCCCUACUUAUCAGCAGCUGCUCGUCUACGGGGGCAAACAGCUGAGGGAAAGCUGCACUUUGGCAGAUUAUAACAUACAGAAUGGAUCAACUCUUAACCUUCUCCGGAGGGAACAGGGUCACAGUGCCGAAGAGGGAAGUUCCCGGCCCUUUUCCAGACAGAAGAUCUUCAUCGUUACCCAAACAGACAGAAGGAUCGGCCUUGAAGUUAAAGAUUCGGAUACGAUUGGCCAUGUUAAGAAGAAGAUUCAAGAAAUCGAAAACAUCACUCCGAAUCAGCAGCGGCUGUUCUUCUCCGGAAAACAGCUCGAAGACAGCCGCACUCUGGCGGAUUACAACAUUGACAAAGAUUCAACCCUUCACCUGGUGCCCUCCCAGGACUCGCAUCUACCCGGUUCUGUUCGGAUCCACAUAAAAACCCCAAUCGGUAAGAAUAUAUGGCUUAACCUCGAGCCAUCAGACACAAUAGAAGAUGUUAAGGGGAAGAUUCAGGCGAGAGAGGGCAUCCCUGUUGAUCGGCAGCAGAUCAUUGGGAUGGGCAGAGAGCUUGAGAACCACCGCACUCUUGCACAUUAUAAUAUUGAGAAUAAUUCAAGUCUUACCCUUUUUUCUCCCAUGCACCUCCGUCUUCGUGGUGGUAUGCAGAUCUUAGUCAAAACCUUGACCGGGUUUACUUUCUCGCUGGAGGUCGAGAGCUCCGACACAGUCUACAAUGUGAAGGCGAUGAUUCAGGCAAAGGAGAACAUCCCUGCUGACCGGCAGCGGCUCAUACUUGCGGGAAAACAACUUGAGGACUACCGGACUCUGGCAGACUAUGAUAUCCAUCAGGAGGCCACCCUCGUCCUGAUGCACCGUCUUCGCGGCGGUUAUAGUAGUCCAAUCUUUAAGAUCUUCGUCAUCAAUACAGCGACUGGGAAGACUAUCUCAUUGGAGGUCGAGAGCUCCAACAAAAAAAUCGACGAUGUGAAGGUGGAAAUUCAGAAAAAGGAGAGCAUCCCUCCUCACCGGCAGCGGCUCAUGUUGGCCAGAAAAGAGCUUGAGGACGACUGGACUCUUGCAGACUACAAUAUCCAUGAGGAGGCCACUCUCCAUCUGUUCCUAACAGGCCAAAAUGACUUUCUUCGAGGAUGACGACAUGAUAUGAGUUUGAGAGUUCUCCUAAACUUUUCUGGAAUGUUCGUCCUCGUGAAAUGUCUAGAAGCAGAAGAGGUCCUUUCGCUGUGUUUUGUUUUAAGUGGUUGUUAAAAUCGCGAUCUAAAUCCUAAG